CCGCUUAUAACCUGGUUGUAACUUUCGUUCCCAGGCUGGCGAACUCUGAUCGCUCGAAGCUUUUCCCGUUUCGCCUUAAAGACAGGACUUUGCUAUCAUGGAGCGCCCGACUUCCCAGGUUCGAGCUCAUUUUUCUGUCCUGUUGUCCUGCUGUGAUCAGUCCCAAGUAUCCACUCCGGGACUCCAGGCGGACUCUCUUCAAGAUGGGUGGUGGACCAUUUCCUCCACUGGCGGUUGUCACGACAUGGAAGCCGAAUUACAAGAAUCCGGAAACGAGAGGAUGGGAAAUCGUGAUCCUUGUAUCCGUCCUCCUGGCCUUCACGUACAUCGUCGUUGCCCUUCGCCUGUGGGCUCGAUUUAUAAUAUCGAAGAGUCCCGGUAUUGACGAUGUGUUGAUCGUCUUCAAUCUGAUCCCUUUGACCGGCCUCACCGUUGCAUUGAGCUUGGCCUUCAGGUGGUACGGCUUCGAUCGCCAUGUAUGGGACAAUCCGCUCCCCGUCCUUCUACAGAGUCGUCAAAUUACCAUGGCUCUGGAGCAAAUCUACAUGCUUUCCACCGUAACCACCAAGAUCUCUAUUCUCCUGUUCUACCGACGCCUAGGCGUAGGCGCGGUUACGCACCGCUUCCUCUACUGCGUGUAUGCCGCCAUUGCGUUCGUAUUGGGCUACUUUAUCGUCUUUACGCUUACGCUGUGGUUUCAUUGCCGCCCGAUCUCCGCGUUUUGGUUACAGGUUGACAUUCUCUGGAACGCGAAACACAAACAGGAUUAUACCUGCAUCAACGAGCCUGCCAACUUAAUCGCCGCGUCAACCAUUAGCGUGGUGCAAGAUUUUAUUGUUUGUGGUAUGCCCCUGGUUUUGUUCCGGAAUAUUCGAAUCCCACGGCGACAAAAGAUAGUUUUGGCUGCUGUUUUCGGAGUUGGCUUCGUUCUUUGCAUUUGCGGCGUCUUGCGCGUCGUGUACACUAUUCCAAUCUACUACCAUACAUAUGACAUGACAUGGGAAUCGUACCCAGCGUGGAUCUGGUUCGCUAUAGAGUCUCAUCUCGCAGUCAUGUGUGCAUCCGCGCCAGCGUUGAAGGUGUUCUUCAAGGAUCUCAAUGUUUCGAACAUCAGUGCCAGCUGGAGGACCCCCACGAAGAGGCAGAAUGGCACCGACGGGAGGAAUGGAUUGGAUUACAAUGAGGCUAAGAACGGGGGGAGGACAUUGGAUACUGUGGAUAAGAAAUAUCCCACCCCCAGUCAGUUUGCUUAUGAUGCGUCCGAGUCGUCCGAACAACUUACCGAACGCUAUCGGCCAAGUUAUCUAGAUGAUGGAGGGAGCAGAGACAUCGAGAUGGGGUCCCUCAAAGAGCGGCAGGAUUUCCAUCAAGAACCGAGAAGACUGCCGGAGGAAAUAGAUAGGUCAUGGCUAACUGACUCGACAUCACGGUCACGACACGGCCACAACACGUAAAUAAAUAAUCCUUUCUAAUGGAAAUAUGAAUACACGAUACGCG